AAAAGCGUCUCAAUGGUCUAAAUAAUGAAAGCGAAACCUAUGUGGAUUUGCAUAUUUUUCGUCAAAAUAAAAGCGUAAACAUUUGAGUUUUUUGGAUACCCACCUAAAGAAGAUAAUCUGGCAACUUAUUAAUCACAUUUUAGCACUAGAACUGAGAAAAGAUGGAUGAUGAUGAUGUGCCAGCGCUGUCUGCGGAGACAUUUGCAGCCCUCCAGGAGUUUUAUGCAGAGCAGCAGAAGAGACAGGAAAUACUUGACAAGUUACAGGCUGAGGAUAAGCUGAAGGAAAAUAUACUUUUUGAUGAGAAUUGGCAACUAAGUCAGUUCUGGUAUGACGAGGCCACAGUGCAGGCGCUAAUGAAGGUGGUGGACAAAACAAUACUUGAUGGAGGCAGGGUGGCACUGGUGUCCUGCCCCACACUCUUUGUGCCAGUGAAGCGACAACUUGGAGACCGCGCUACAGUAUCCCUUCUCGAGUACGACCGGCGGUUCGAGGUGCACGCCCCUGACUUCAUCUUCUAUGACUACAACUUCCCUGACAAGCUGCCCCCGGACCUAGACCGGUACGACCUGGUUGUAGCUGAUCCUCCAUUCUUGUCUGAAGAGUGCAUCGGGAAGACCUCGCAGACCAUAAAACUGUUGGCCAAGGAUAAGAUCGUGGUGUGCACAGGGGCGGUGAUGAAGGAGAAUGUGGAGAAAUUGUUGGAUUUGCGAAUGUGUGAGUUCCAGCCGCGCCAUAGGAACAACUUAGCCAACGAGUUCGCUUGCUACGCUAAUUUUUAUCUAGAUGGCGCUUUAAGAUGAUGCUGAUUCAUUGAACGUGUCAGGGCGUAGGCAAAAUCCGUCGCACGCGUUUGCGCCAGUUACCAACGCUCAUAUUAUUUUUCGUUAACCCACUCCGUGCAACCGCGCCAACUAGCGGACGCCCUCAGAAGGGCCAGAUUGGAAAACUACGAUUUUUUUUCUCUCCCCUUUAAUCUGUCAGAAUGUAUUCAAUGUAUGUUGUUAUUAUUGAAGCCAAGUAUGAAUAUUCAGCACAAUAUAAAUAGGGUAUUUGACUACUAGUCGAACCAGUUUCUUUUUUCGAACUGAAGCUACUAUGAAAUUUAUAUGAAACACUAGCAUGUGACGUCACAAUCAAAUUACCUACUCUUUAUAGUUUUAUACGGGUUUUAAAAUAGAUAUUGUGUCUAAAAAUUACUGCUGUAUACGUUUCUCUGUUAAUCUUCUGGUGCUUUAUUUCAUGCAUGGUGUAAAAUAAUUUAUUAUUUUAAAAUAAUUUAGCAGCAGAGGUAACUAAGCUGGACAGGUGUCCAAAAUGAUAUGCAACUUAUUUUCUUAACAACAAUGUUAUUUUCAUAUAAUUUUGACAAUAUUUCACACUUAGCUACUUCUGCCGCUAACUGUACCUAUGUAUAAGUUACAGUUGGUCACAGCAAUUUACAAAUAUGCAUUAAAUGCAUAGCAUAUCAUUAAGUCUUACGCCAUUUUUCAUUUUUAAACUACGUUUAUUUUAUUCCAUUAGAGUUAAAAACUCAAUUUAAAUAACUGAUAUUGCAUUUAGGGAUUUUUGUUGGGCAUACGUGGCAAUUGUAGUGUUAAGUGUAAUGUUUGUUAGGGUUCUGUACCCAAAGGGUAAAAACGGGACCCUAUUACUAAUUUAGGACUCCGCUGUCCGUCUGUCUGUCACCAGGCUGUAUAUCAUGAACCGUGAUAGCUAGACAGUUGAAAUUUUCAUAGAUGAUGUAUUUCUGUUGCCGCUACAACAACAAAUACUAAAAAGUACGGAACCCUCGGUGCGCGAGUCCGACUCGCACUUGUCUGGUUUUUUACUUUAUUUCGCAUGUCUUUAAAUAUAUUUAUACUUAAUUGUAAUCAAAUAAAACGAAUUGAUAUUAAAACACAUUGCAUUUAUUGAUCUCUUAACAAUCGCACCUUGUUACAUUAUGCUGGUUAACUGUUCGUAAACUCUCGACCGUCAAACUGCCUUACCUUACAACUAGCUGACGAUUACA